AUGUCUAAAAGAGUCCAAAAUGAGCUCACCCCAAGCAUAGAGCAAGGUAAUUUUGAAAGAGUCUGCAAUUUAUUAACCAAAGCGAAUAUUGAAGAAAAGAAUCAUAUUGGCUGCACCCCUCUUGCAGUUGCAACUAGAUCAGGACAUUUAAAAAUCGUUGAAUUACUUAUAAAAGAAGGUGCCAAUAUUAAUGCAGUCAAUGAUGUAAUUAUUACACAGUAGGCAGGGCAAAGCAUUCUUUUUAUAGCUUGCUGACACAAUCAUAAGGACGUUGUAGAAUUACUAAUAAAUCAAGGUGCUAUUGUGGAUCAGCCUGAUCAACGUGGAUGAACUCCAUUAAUUAUAAGCGUUUACCACGAUUAUACAGAAAUUGUUGAGUUAUUAUUGCAGGCUGGAGCAGAUAUAGAACAUCAAGAUUCUGUAGUUUUUAUAUAGUUUGGGAAGAAGGCAAUUGACAGAGCAAAAAAUGUGGAGAUAAUUUCGUUACUGAGGAAAUAUUCAGAAAGUGAAAAAUUCGAUAAAAAAGUACCUUUAUCCUUGCCUGGCACCCCGUAUUCAAUUUCUACGUUACAAGAUCUCUUAAGGCCUAAAAGCAGAGAUAGCUUAAUAAAUCGAGAAUACGAGCAUCCACAAAAGCCAUUAAAUUCAUCUAGCUUAGAGGCAAGACAGCCUACUCCUUUAAAACAAAAAUCUACUCGUUUUGAAAUACCAGAAAAUCCAGUAGACAUUCUGGAAAAUGACGAAAAAGGAUUCUUGGAUAUGGACUAUAAAAUAAAUGAGCAACUUAAUCAAGCAAUAGAUGUCCUUCAGCAAGAAAUAGAAGCUCUAGUCAAUAGAUCUUCAAGAGAAUUAUUUAUAAAUCUCAAAGAAUAUGUAUUUAAAACUGUCGAAAACCUAUUAAGCAGUAGAAACUAUAAAAUUUCAACGUCUAAAAUUCAAGUUGAUUUUUCUGAAAAUUUUGAGUUUAAAGAUCAGCUUGUAAAUAUUUCUACUUAUAGGUCACAAUAUAGCGAAGAGCCAUGAUAUUCAAGUAAUAAUCAAGAUAAAAGAAUUGACGCGAUUAAAGAAGAUCUCUAUAGAAAUGUGAAUAAGCAUAUUGGAGAAUUAGACAAUAAAGUAAAUGAGCUUUCUGGGAAUCAUAUAAGCCUAGAAGUUAAAAAUAGGAUUUUUGCAGUUAAAAAUGCAAUAAACUCAGAGCUGAGUCAAUAUUUGCUAUAUUUAAGUGGCAGAGUAAAAAAUAUUCUUGAGGAGAUUGCAUCAGAAAGGAUUAAGGAGAUAUGUGAAGACAAUAAGGCUGCUUUUCCAACAUAUGGGAAUAAAAUAAACAAAUCAAGCACUUCGUCUGUUGAGGAUUAUGAAAUCGCUGAAUCUUUAAAAAUUCCGAAACAUCGCUGAAGUGGGCAUAAAGAAAAAAGUGAAUCUCAAGGGUUUUCUAGUGGAUUUUUAAGCAAUUUUUCACAAGACUUUACAAAAUAUAAAAACCCUCAGAUGUCUUCUGCAUUUCAAAAUGAUGAAUUAAGUCAAAGCUAUUCGAAAGAAACCUUGAGAGCGAUUACCCCAGUUAACUGAUCGAAAUAUUCCAAUGGGGAUUCCAAGCAUGCUCCGCCCUCAACCAACAUUGCAUCAGCACUGCAAGGAUUUUUAAACUUUGAAGAAAAAUUUGGAAAAUAA